GGAGUCCUUUCUUUGAAAUAGGGAAACAAACAGGAAUAAACAAACGGGGAUGGGAUUUCUUUUGGGGGAAUUGAAAGAAGAAGAAGCAGGAGAAGAAGAAGGGAGAGCAAGAGGUAAGGGUUUUUCUGAGCGGAGUGAGAAGUUGAGAGCGGGGAAGAUGAAGGAGUGCGAGCUGUGCCAGAGACCGGCGAGGAUGUAUUGCGAGUCGGAUCAGGCGAGCCUUUGCUGGACCUGCGACGCCAAGGUACACUCGGCGAACUUCCUCGUGGCGAGGCACACUAGGAGCCUCCUGUGCCAGGCUUGCCAGGCGCCCACGCCGUGGCGGGCUGCCGGAGCCCGGCUCGGUCCGACCGUCUCCGUGUGCCAGAAGUGCGUCGGGAGGUGCGGCCGACGGCAAGCGUCGGAUGUCGAGGUCGACAGCGGGGAAAGAGCGAUCGGCAGGGCGGAUGAGAUAGAGACGGUCGAGGAUGAAGACGACUACGACUACGACUACGACGACGACGACGACGACGAUGAUGAGGACGAGGCGGAGGAGGAGGAGGACGGGGAGAACCAGGUGGUGCCUUGGACGUCCACGCCGUCUUUGUCGCUCUCCGGACCGGUAGGAAGCCUUAGCAGUGAAGACGAGUCCUCCGGCCACGGUCGGGGCUACUUCCGGACUUCUACGACCGUCUCGAUGAAACGGAGGCGUGAGGACGAGGAUUUCCUGCAUCAGGAAAAGGUCGGACGCUCAUCGUCUCAGGCUAACUAUGACACAAGUGAGGAUGGUGAGCUGUCUCCUACUCCUUCUAGGGCGCCGAAGGAUCGGAAGAUAACUUCCGGCGAGAGAGAGGCGGUGACUGUUUCGAGGACUAAGCUGGCGGGCACUCUGAGAAUCACGCAGAACGAGAGGUGGAAAAGAGUCGAAAGGACCAGCAGCGCGGUCGGCACCUGCAGUCGCAGAGAAGAAUCACUUUCCGCCGUCGAUCUGGUCUCCGAUGGCUCUGAAAGUCGUCCGAUGUAAAAAGACCUAAAAAUUAGAAAAAAAGGAAAAGGGGAAGGCAUUCGCCUUCGUCUUUUUGCUAUUAAGUCUUCGAUAUCUAACCUCACUCAUUACCACUGACAGUGUUAAAGUAAAUUUGCGGCCAAGUUUGAUAUUAUCAAGAAGAAUUUGAAAAGAAUUAGUGAUCAUUCCUCUUGUUCUUGUUCUA